AUGGAUAAUGGAGAUAAAAGUUGGAUGUAUCUCCUAAGAUGGACGGAUGAGUAUAUCCGUGGAGUGAACGAUUUUCUUGAUAAGGUAUUUGAACGAGCUUCCCAGGGAAAUGAAAUAUUAUGUCCUUGCAAAAAGUGUAUUAAUCACUAUUGGCACUAUAGAAAUAUGGUGGAGGAUCACUUGGUUGUUAAUGGAUUUGUUGAUGGUUACACCAAAUGGGUUUUCCAUGGGGAAGGAUUUUCCUCUAGAAAUGCACCUCACGAAAGCAAUGAUGAUGAAGAUUCUAACAUGUGUGAUGAUAUUGAUGGAUUACUUCAUGAUACCUUUAGAAAUGUAGAAGGUGAGGCAGAGCAGGAAGAACAGAUGAGAGAGACUAUAUCUGAAGAUGCUAAGAGAUUUUUCAGAUUAUUAGAGGAAGGUAAACAAGAACUAUAUCCUGGGUGUGAAACCUUCACUAAACUGAGUUUCACUAUUCGGUUGUACGUGUUUAAAUCCUUGCAUGGAUUGAGUAAUGUGGCCUUUUCAGAUAUGUUAGAGUUGUUAAAAGAGGCAUUUCCCUUUGUUCAGUUGCCAGAAUCUUUCAACAAGGCUAGAAACAUGAUAAAAUAUUUGGGUUUUCAUUAUGAAAAAAUAUAUGCAUGCCCUAAUGAUUGCAUGUUAUUUUGGAAAGACAAUGCAAAGGCCGAUAAUUGCUCUAUUUGUGGGGCUUCUCGAUGGAAAGUUGUUGAUGCUUCCUUGACUAAUACAAGCUCUAAAAUCCCAGGAAAGGUUUUAAGGUACUUUCCCUUAAAGCCUAGGCUUCAGAGGAUAUUCAUGUGUCCUGAAACAGCCAUUGCAAUGAGAUGGCAUGCUAAUGAACGACCCAAUGAUGGGAAUAUGAGGCAUCCUGCUGAUGGAGAAGCUUGGAAGGAUUUUGAUUCUCUACACUUAGACUUCUCCAGAGAUCCACGUAAUAUUAGGUUGGGUCUUUCAAGUGAUGGUUUCAACCCAUUUCGAACCAUGAGCAUUUCUCAUAGCACGUGGCCUGUCAUGUCGAUGAACUAUACUUUAUCACCAUGGAUUUGCAUGAAGCUAGAAUAUAUCAUGUUGUCAAUGAUCAUUCCAGGUCCUUCAUCUCCAGGAAAUGAUAUAGAUGUGUAUCUACAACCAUUAAUUGAAGAAUUGAAGAAACUAUGGGAAACUGGGAUAGAAACAUAUGAUGCUGAGACAAAGCAAACAUUCCAAAUGCGUGCAGCCUUAUUGUGGACAGUUAGUGAUUUUCCAGCAUUAGCAAUGCUUUCAGGCUGGAGCACCAAGGGUAGAAUGGCAUGCCCAACUUGUAAUUACGACACAUGCUCUCGAUAUCUCAAACAUAGUCAUAAGAUGUGUUACUUGGGUCAUCGGAGAUUUUUGCCUCUUGAUCAUCCAUCGAGAAAAGAUAAGAAGUCAUUUGAUGGUAAUGAGGAGUAUAGACCUGCAGCUACUCCUUUGUCGGGUGUGGAAGUGUUUGAAGAGCUACUUGAAUUCAACAAUGUCUUUGGAAAGGGAAAAAAGACCACGGGAUAA